AUGGUGACCCAUGGCCACCGCCUCGGUUCCCUUCAAGAGAUGAGAGGGAUGGACGAGAACAGCGGUGGUCAGAAUGGAAACGAAGUGCGACACGACCAUGAAGAUCAACACGAAUCUUGUAUCGCGGUAGCAUGUCGGACGCUCUCCUCGUUAUACCAAUUCAUCCAAUCCGAUUGCGUGAACGGAGAUACAACCGACCAUAAUCAAUCUCGCAGCAUGCCGAAACCACGAACCCCGCAGGAAUCCCCCGAAGAGGAUAUUGUGCUUUGCACGACUCGAUCUGCUACAGAGACGGUUUCUCGAUUAUUAAAUUGCACUGCAAGAUCCUGCGCACGGGAUCCUUCUAUCCUCCUCGUCCUCGGCUCGAUUCUUUUGAAGAUCCUGGCCUGGUAUGAAGCACUCUACCAUUCUGAAAUUGGUGGGCUGGGCCUGUCAGCCACCUCGUCGCCGAAUGGCCUCGAAGAUGUGGGCUCGAAUAGCAGCCAGUCUAGCGAUGGACACCCCACAGGCCUCUCGAAACCGUCUGAAAGUAUGAAAUACUCGAUAUAUACCGUCCCAUUGACCAUUCCCUUGACUAUUGGUGCUUUCAAUCUCUCUCACACCACGGAGACAAGGAUGAAAGCCCAACUACUGCUGUGCGAGGUGCAGACUUUAUCUCAAGUUUGCCAGACACUCGACCGUCGAGUUCAGGCUGCUGAGGGUAUACGGGGUGAAAAUGAUCUGUGUGGACAGUCAGAUACCCAUUUACUACGGAAGGUGGGCGAGCUGCAGCAUGCAUUGACUGUGGUGUGUAUGCAUGUGCCAUCGCUGGGAUAG